AUGGUGCAUGACACAAGUGAAAGAGAAAAAGGGCGCGAGUGCAGUUUGAGUACUUUGAUGGGUUCUUCUAUGAGUGUUAAAAGCAAAGGGUUAUACGUGCCACUUAUAAAUCCUCCGUCGACAGAGGAUGAGAUUUUAGAGUCCCCUGAUUUGAAGAACUUUGCCUUUAGUGAACUCAAAAAAGUCACCAGAAACUUCCGUCCAGACGUCGGUCGUUCUGGUCUUGUCUUUAAAGGGUGGAUUGACGAGAAUACAUUUAAAGCUGCCAAACUAGGGACUGGCAUGGUUGUAGCUGUGGAGACACUAAACCAGUCACACGACUUUCACGGUAGUCACCAGGAAUGGCUGGCAGAAAUAAAUUAUUUGGGGCAACUGUCUCAUCCCAAUCUAGUGAAACACGUGGGUUAUUGUUUAGAGAAUGAACAUUGGCUUCUGGUAUUUGAUGAGUCCAUGCUGUGGGGUAAUUGGAAAAAUCAUCUAUUUUCAAGUAAGUUUUUAAUUCAUUAA